AUUAAAUUCUUCACAUUACAUCUUAGCUGCUUCUUCUUUUUAUAAGAUCCAUGAGAUUUGGGUUCCUGCCCGUUUCCUUCCAUGUCUGUUUUCACAGAGUCUCUUUCUUUCUGCAUUAUCUCUCCACUCUCUUCCGAGAUGGGAAAGCGCAUCAACUCAGUGAAUCGAUUACGUGCAACUCACCUCCUGUUUAUAGUCUUUGUUAUCUUCACGUCCCGAUGGUCGUACGUUGUUGCUGUUGCCACUCAAGAGCUUCUUGUCGGUUUCAAAGCCACACCAAGCCCAUCUGUCUCCUCGUUUCAAUCUCUUUUGAAUGACUCUACAGGAAAUUUCUCUCUGGGUUUUCUCCGAGUCAACAGAGUGCAACUUUCCAUCUCGGUUAUUCACCUUCCUUCUCUGCAAUCACUCUGGCAAGUUAAUCCAACAAGCUUGGCUCGCUGGUCAGACCAUACUCAGCUCUUCUUCAAUGGGAGUCUUGUUAUUUCUGAUCCCCACUCGGGGUUAUUCUGGUCAACUGGAACCCGAGGUGACAAAGUUGUUCUUCUCAACAAUUCGAACCUGCAAAUACAGAAGCUCGAAGGCUCUCCCAGCUCGGUACUCUGGCAAAGUUUCGAUUUUCCCACAGAUACCCUCGUUGAGAAGCAAAAUUUAACUUCUAACAUGUCCCUCGUUUCAUCAAAUGGGCUUUACUCUCUGCGCUUAGGAGACACGUUCAUGGCUUUAUAUGUUAAGUUCGAAGAAAAAAUGCAGCAAAUGUAUUGGAAACACAAGGCGCUGGAAGCCAGAGCAGUUAUAAUUGAAGGACAAGGCCCGAUUCUCGCACGGGUCGAAUCGAGUGGGUACUUGGGUAUGUUCCAAACAGGAAACUCUCCGGUAGACGUUCAAGCUUUUAACAGCUACCAGCAACCCUUUAACCGAUUCCUCUUAGUCCGGCUAGAAUCGGACGGAAACCUAAAAGGAUACUUUUUGGAUGGCUCCACCUGGGUAUUGGAUUAUCAGGCGAUUUCUGACAUGUGCGAUCUGCCUAGUCCCUGCGGUUCCUACGGUUUAUGCAAAUCCGGAUCGGGUUGUUCCUGCUUAGAUAAUCGCACGGAGUUUAGUUCUGGUGAGUGUCUUGCGGUUCAGUCCGGUGACCUUUGCAGCGACGGAGAAGCUAAAACCCAAAACGACUUCCGAGUUUUGAGAAGGCAAGGGGUGGAGUUACCGUUUAAAGAAUUAAUGGGGUACAAAACGGUGUCGUCUUUGCAACAAUGCGAGGGGUUAUGUGAAAGUAACUGUAGUUGUUGGGGUGCGGUUUACAAUAAUGCAUCCGGGUUUUGUUACUUGGUGGAUUACCCGAUCCGGACACUAUUGAGCGUAGGCGAUGAGAGCAAGGCAGGAUAUUUUAAGGUGAGGGAAGGAACAGGGAAGAAAAUGAAGGUGGGUGUUUGGAUCUUGAGUGGGGCCAUCGCUGUUAUGAUUGGAGCAAUUGGGUUUAUGAGUUGCAGGUUUUGGAAGAGGAGAGGGGUGAAACGGAUCUUGGUGGAGGAGGAUGGUAUAUCACCCGGGCCGUAUAAAGAUCUCGGGUCGGCUAGCUUCCGGUCCAUUGAAAUGGGUACUGUGUAGUGACGUAAGGGAUGACGUAAAGAAAGGUUGAAAAGGUAGGGUUUGACUGAUACUCUCGAAGACAUUUUUUGUUCCUUGGUGGUCGUGGGGUGGGGCAGGUGUUGAUCAAUUUGGGACGUGGGGUCCAGUUGAGCAAUAUAAAUAUGAGUAUACAGUGUAUGCUUCUAGAUAGGCUGAUACUGGUACAGUAGCACUUGCCGCACGUGAUAAGUCCUCCAUUAUUUUUUUAAAGGAAAAUAAAAUAGCUCACUUGUUACUCUGUUUGGAAAUGAGGAAAAUGCACAAAGAAAGGGAAGAAAAGUCUAACUAUUUGCUUUGAGAUCACCUGCAUGGCCACAAUAUUAGACUAUCCAUAUAUUUUUUUUAAUUGUAUUAGAAAUUUGUUCUGGUUCAAUCUCCACUGUUAUAUUUGUAUUUAUUGGAUUAGAUUGACAUUGACAUCAUUAAUAAUUAACUUUA